ACUUAUUAAGUGUUGCCUUAAACAGGACACACCUCUGGGCCCGCUGUAGUAAAGGAGGUGCAGGGACAACAUGCCAUACUGAGAGACUGCAUCGAACAGUUAGGGACAAUGGAGACAUCCAGAACAAGUCUUAUCUCUCUUCUGAGAGAGGCUUUACAAGAACAGGAACUCAAGCUGGAGCAAGUUCGUAACCACCUUCAGAUUGCUCGGUUUCAAUCAGACCGGACUGGUAAUCUCUGCAGACAGCUUCUAGACCAUGGCGGUAGUUCACAGCCUCCUGCCCCUGCUACAGAAGAAGAAGAAUCAAAAGAAGCCAUCAAAAGUUCCUCUGCUGCAGCAGCACCGCAAAACUUCACACACAGUGAUGUGGAACAAUCUGCUCCGGUCAUGUUUGCUUCAAACCCAACUCAAUCAGUUGAAGACCCAAGAAAAACUGCAGCAGCCGCAGUAGUAGCUAAGCUAACUGCAUCAACUUCCUCAGCAGAGAUGCUCUCCUAUGUUCUCUCCUCAUUAGCCUCUGAAGGCAUCAUCGGAAAUAACAACCCACCUGCUGUUACAGAAUCUCCGUCAUCCGUCGAUUACCCAUCAGAGAAAAGACCCAAGCUUCAAAACCAUGACCAGUCCUAUCUCCCGCAGCACCAACAGAAUGCUGCAACGACAUCCUCCAGCACGCCCCCACCACCACUUUCACUGCCACCACCACCAUCGUUCCAGCUUCAACCUCAGUUCUUGCAGCCCUUACAGCCUCCCGGGCCUGUAAACCAAACACCAUUCAACUACACCAUAGCAACCACUUCUGCAACCACACAACCGCAACAACAACAACAAGGUCCUUGGGUUCCUGGGCUUACUCCACUCUCAACAACAACCUCUGCUCCAUCCGAUAAUUCAUACCAGAAGUUUCAAGGACAAGAUGGUUUCUAUGGGGUCAACAACUCAUCAGUGCCUAUGACACCUGUUACCCGGCAGUAGAGUAAAUCUGUUUCUAGGGGGCUCGUUCAUAUAGCAAAGAGCUCCUUUUUUAUUUGGUUUUUUGUUGUUACAUAUAGUUUUGAUGGGCGAUUAGGAUUUUAUGUUCUUAAAAUGUGCUGUGUAUGCUUUCCUAAUUGUGCGGACGCCUAAAUUAAAAGGCUUCUGUAAACAUUCUUUUACUUUUAUACUGUGGGAAAAAAACAAAAACCUCUUCUUUUACU